AGCUGAGAGCAACCAGCUGCAGGUCCAAGAAUUCCCCACGGAAUCAACCUUUGCCCAGUGUGUGUUGAGACACCAUGAGGCGGGUGGUACGACAGAGCAAAUUCCGGCACGUCUUCGGGCAGGCKGUGAAGAACGACCAGUGCUACGAUGACAUCCGCGUGUCCCGCGUCACCUGGGACAGCUCCUUCUGCGCCGUCAACCCCCGCUUCGUGGCCAUCAUCGUGGAUGCCAGCGGUGGGGGAGCCUUCCUGGUGCUGCCUCUGCACAAGACAGGCAGGAUUGACAARUCCUACCCCACAGUGUGUGGCCACACGGGGCCGGUGCUGGACAUCGAUUGGUGUCCCCACAAUGACCAGGUCAUCGCCAGCGGCUCCGAGGACUGCACYGUCAUGGUGUGGCAGAUUCCCGAGAAUGGGCUCACCCUGUCCCUGACAGAGCCCGUGGUAGUGCUAGAAGGCCAUUCCAAGAGAGUCGGCAUCGUGGCCUGGCAUCCRACGGCACGGAAUGUGCUGCUCAGCGCAGGCUGUGAUAACGCCAUCAUCAUCUGGAAUGUGGGAACAGGAGAAGCCCUCAUCAACCUGGAUGACAUGCACGUGGACAUGAUCUACAACGUCAGCUGGAAUCGCAACGGCAGCCUCAUCUGCACAGCUUCCAAAGACAAAAAAGUCCGAGUUAUCGACCCCAGGAAACAAGAAAUCGUUGCUGAGAAAGAGAAAACCCACGAGGGAGCCCGGCCCAUGCGAGCCAUUUUCCUGGCRGAUGGGAACAUCUUCACCACCGGCUUCAGCCGCAUGAGCGAGAGGCAGCUGGCCCUGUGGAACCCGAAAAACAUGGAGGAGCCAAUAGCCCUUCACGAGAUGGACACCAGCAACGGGGUCCUGCUGCCCUUCUACGACCCAGACACCAACAUCAUUUACCUGUGUGGGAAGGGGGACAGCAGCAUCCGCUACUUUGAGAUCACGGAUGAGUCCCCGUACGUUCACUACCUCAACACCUUCAGCAGCAAAGAGCCGCAGAGGGGCAUGGGGUUCAUGCCAAAGAGGGGCCUCGAYGUCAACAAGUGUGAGAUUGCCAGGUUCUUCAAGCUCCAUGAGAGGAAAUGUGAGCCCAUCAUCAUGACGGUUCCCCGCAAGUCCGACCUCUUCCAGGACGAUCUGUACCCGGACACAGCCGGCCCAGAAGCAGCUCUGGAAGCAGAGGAAUGGUUUGAGGGGAAGAAUGCUGAUCCUCUCCUCAUCUCCUUGAAGCACGGGUACAUUCCAGGCAAGAACAGGGAUCUCAAGGUGGUCAAGAAGAACAUACUGGACAACAAACCCGCYGGGAACAAGAAGAGUGAUCUCAUAAGUGCUCCAAAGAAAGCAGCGGAUGCCUCAAACCCCCAAAACGACGCCAAAUUGGACGAGAUUUUGAAGGAGCUGAAAUCCAUCAAGGACACGAUCUCCAACCAGGACGAGCGCAUCUCCAAGCUGGAGCAGCAGAUGGCCAAGAUCGCGGACUGACGGGGCCGCCAGCCCAGGCACAUCCCAGCUCCCAGUUCAGCCAGCAGCAGCCUGCAGCAUUCCAGUACGAGCUUUCCUGUUCUCCUAAAUCCACGUCAACGAGAGCCGAUGAUUUCAAGCCAAGCUUUUUAGUGAAAGAUUUUUUUUU